UCUACACCUGAGAAAGAGUAAAGGGAAGGAGGGGGUCCGAACAGCAGAAAUAGACGAGAAGAGCCUGAGAUCCACAGACUCGAGGAAGAUCUCCACACUGAUGAUCUCUUAGGAGACAUCAGGACAUUUCUCCGACUGCUGCCCGGCGCCCCGUUCAACAGACAGGAUGGCUCGGGAUAUGACAGAUAAAGACAUCCUGAAGAUGGAGCUGGAUCAGCUGAAGGUGGAAGUGAACACUCCCCGAAUUGCGGUUUCAGCCUCAGCCCCAGAAAUCAUUGCUUUCGUUGAGGAGAAGUCUGCCGAAGACCCCCUGGUCAAGGGCGUCCCUGAGGACAAGAACCCAUUCAAGGAGAAGGGAGGCUGCAUUAUCACGUAGCAGCGGCCCCGGGGUCACCAGGGCUCGCUUCAACAUCUGCUUUUGUAUGAAAGUUUAUUUGUACUUUCUGAAUUGUUUAACAUCCACUAGUUUAUUUUAGUACAUUUAAGAGGACCCCCUCAUGUCAUUCAAUACCUUUUAUGAUAUGAUGUUUUCUGUCUGUUUUUAAAAUAAACUCAUUAGCAAUCUA